UGAGUUUUUUUUUUAGCCCACAGGAACUACUAGGCACUAUUGAGAGCGAGUAAUAUCUGAUGUGAUGUUGAGUGGAAGAAGAAAAGCGCUCCGAUUGCUCCAAAGUACCCUUGAACAUUUGAGGGGUGCGCAAGUGCUUUGGCACAGUGAAUUCUUGGAGGGUGACUGCAGAUUUUACCACGUGCUGCCAUUUGAGGCAAAGGUCGAGUGAAUCGUCCACACCUCGCCCCGUCUAAUUUUCCAGGCUCCCCCUUCGCCAAAACAUUCAGAAUAUAUCACGAUCUGCGUCGGCCAUCCUCAACGCUACUACAACACUCAUCCCCUCAUUCAAGAUGUCUUCGAGGUCUUCCAACUCCUCGGACAAAACACCGCUCAUCGUUUCUCUCGAGAACCCUGCAGUGGAUCCGAUAUCAACCGCGAUGUCCUACCAGACAAUACGCGUUAGCUGCGGUGACGAAUAUCUGGAUAUCGAACUUCGGCGAACUCUCCGACUUCCCCCUGAUGAUGCUCUUCGCAGUGUACCUGCGGGAUUUGGUUGCUUCCCGAUCUACCUCGUUGACCAGUAUACCUCGAAGCUUCCCAAGUCGGUCAAAGGAGGGGCUUUCAUACCAAUAUAUCAACGAGAAGCAAUGUGGAUCAGCUUCAACUGUGUCCGUCCUUUCGCAGUGAAGAUCUAUGCAAACGAUCUGAACAUCAUCUCCGGCAAGCCCAACGUUCCAAGCCCACCACCAGAAAAAGCUCCCUUGAUGAGGCGACUAUCAAUCUCUUUACAAGGACAAGCACCAUCGGCAUUCCCAAGACCGAUACCACAAGACUAUGUCAUACCUCCAAAGCAGCGCUGGAUCGAUGGCAUUGUCAAGUUGGAUGGCAUCGCGGAGCAGUUCGUCGCAAGCCCCAUCGAUGCAGCUAGCGGUCCAGUGGAAAGGAAAAUCGUACCAGUCAAGAUCAAUUUCGAGAUUACUCCGACGAAGAACAAGAACAUGUGGGUAUACGUGGAGCUGGCAAAUGAGCCAACGGUGCCAACGUUGAGGCUUGAAGCAAACGCCAGAGAGAAUGUGCGGCAGCUGAUUGACGAGAUGCUGACGAAGAUGGCGAUACCGUUGAGGAAGGUUCUUCGGAUCUCGUUUGAGGGUGAUACAGUUGGUCCUUUUGAUACCCUCGACAGUCUCGAAGCUUCCAGGGGCGACACGAUCUACGUCUAUCUCGACCAGCAAAGCAGCGCAUCCGGCCAUGGACUCGGAGCUGGAACAACUGCCGGAAAACCCGUACCAACGUCUCGCCGCAGCCCCACGAAAGGACUCAAUAAGUCACAAUGGGGAGGAGUUGAGCAAAUCAUACAUCAAGACUUUAUGCCCUCCACCGAAUGGGACACUAAGAACCGAAUUCUGUUCCCAGUCUACCUGGUUCGAGCCUGCGACUUCAAGGCAAUCACUGGCUUUGACCCGCCUUCGACACCUGUCACCGCUGCAGCAUAUGCCAGACAUAAUUUUGAAUUCAAUGAGAAAUACAUAGAGCCGGGCAUGGUUGAAGAACUUAUCGCGGAUGGAGAGGAGGAAAAUGAAGGGAAAGAGAAUCGACGACCACAGGGGGAGGAAAAUGUCUACGAACUACCAGCUUUCGAUGAGGACUUUCUGGGCAUUGAACUGAACCCACAGCAAGCGAAGCAUUUGAGCAUUAGAAAUUUUGUCUAAGGACUUGGCUGUCUUUCCUUGCUUGAGGAGAUACGGAUUUAUUGCUGAAGCUACCACUUGGCGGGAUGAGCAGGUUUGGGCAGUGUUGUUGAAAAGGUUGCCUCAGUAUUGCAGAAUCUAUUACCUAGGCUUUCUCAAAAUGUGCAGGUCAACAUUUUAGGGGCGUGGAGCGUUCCUUGUGAAGAUUCGCCAACUAUUGCUAGAAGGAG